CUGCUGCUGGCGGAUGAUCGAGUCUCCACAUCGAUGCUUUGUUUUAUGUGACCGGGACGGGAAUGUAGUUGUCAUCCACAUUGGCCGUCACGGGCAUCGCCAGUCCGCAGAUGGCCGAAGGGGGACCGGUCAGCCGUUCAGCGGAAGAUCGUCCAUCUCGGUGCCGCUGAGCAGGGCAGCUCCCACUGCGAGGAUGGUCGAGCUAAUGUAGCAGAAAAGGGUCACGUCUGGAGAGAGAAUCAGAUAAUGAGGAAGUGGGUUCCGGUAUAAUUCAUGUGCCCCACAGAGUUACACGUGCAAGAUGAGUACAGACCGACCCAAACGGAACAUCAUCAAGAAGAAAUAUGACAUCAGCGAUGGGAUGCCUUGGUAUGAGGAACGUCUGGUCCGCAAAGUUCUCUUCCUCUCCCUCAAAGAAUUCAGGAAUACACACCGGCAUACACACUACAACUCACACACACGCACACUAAAAUGCUCUUCCAGCACUGCAACACACCGUCGGAAAGCAAAACCACCACAGCAAGAAGUCAAACCCAGAUCCCGGAGCACACACACCGAGAGGAACAAGAAAACACAGAAUGCAAACAUUCCGAAACAGGUACGAUCUCAUGGACACGCCAGCAAAGUGCAAAAAAACAACUCUUCUCAGGAUUCACACGCGCCAAAAAGAACGUUUGUACAGAAGAACUCGACACAAUCAAAGCGGUGUGCAGAGAGAGCUGCUCAGAGCAAACACCAGCAAGGACAUAAGCGACUGUCCCACAGCACCUCUGGUUCCACCAGGACUUUACGGACUCACAAGACACAACUGCCGCUGCUCCACUGCAAGAAGCCCGGAACUGCAAAACAAACAGGCAACACUCGGAGCAAAUCGGUGAAGACUUGCGCUCCUGAAAACACACGGACGCCACAGAAAGCCCACAUUCCAGCACGCAGUCUACGCUCACACUUGCCCAGAAGACUCACUGGUGCCGUGGUGAGCCAUACCAGCAAGUGUCAGCCCCUCCAGACCACCAAUCAAAGCUGGAGCUGGUGCCCACCGACACGCCCUCAACAUUGCCCCCCUGCCAGCCUUCUCAGUGACAAUGAAGACCUGACAAACAAGAGGCCACGGCUGCAGGCGCAGAGGAAGUUUGCUCAGUCGCCUCCAAGCUCUCCAGGACCGUCUGCAGUGAUGAUGCCGGACCGCUGUAACAACUCCCACCACCUCCCAACAGUCACCUGUCUGACCAGACGUCGACCCAAAACCGAAGACUUCCUGUCCUUCCUCUGUUUGAGAGGAUCAGCAGCGUUGCCCAACAACAUGACUUUCUUAGCAAGCAGACAAAGCAAAGAACAUCUUGGCUUUCAGCACCUGACUUCCUGUCUGUCCAUCAAUCACACGACAGAGCCUGAUGGGAAGAACGUCAGCCUUUUCCGAGUGGGCAGCCCUGGGUCUCUGAACGGGACCCCUGAACCUGUGAAGGUCAGCCCUUUCUGCCCUCUAAGUGCUCGAGCUCAGAGGAUAAGAGAGAGGGAGAGGCGAGGGGCGGAGCAGCAGCAGCAGCAGAAGAAGAUGAAGGAAGGGGAGUGUGGUGAUGGGAAGUCAAGAGCCACCAGACGUCACCUGAGACCCAGACAGCUUCUCCUGAAUGCCAAAAGGAAUAAAAAGGCUGUGAGGACACCCAGACCCUCUCAAUCAAGAGCCUCGAAUGGCAGGUCCCUCCCACCCAUUAAGUCUCGGGAAGCGGUCGGAGACAGGCGAGUCCCGGGCCCCAGUCCAAAGCCUAGCAAUACCUGUAAAGUAAAAGGCCAAUCCAAAGGCAUCUCACGGGAUAGGAACCAUAAACACCUCUCCAAAAACAGUAACCACCAGCUGCCUCCGAAUCCGCGCCUUCCUCUCAGCCACCAAAGUGUUUUAAAGGUCUAUUGCAAGCCCAAGACCAACAGACCCCAUCAGAACUCAGGAAGCAGGGCUGCAGCUCAGCUGACCAAUGGUGCGUUCAGGGGACAGCGUAGGGACGGCUCUGGAAUCAUAAGGUUGUCCAGGAGGAAGAGAGGUCUUCCACCAGAUACAAAGCCAGCCACUUCACCACAGCGAGACCCUUCAAACCGAAGAGUGUUGAAGCAGGGCAGGACUCUGGCACCCAAGAUGGAUGAUGGUGACGGUCCCGUGGGUGAGACUGCGGAGAAGGAUGACUGUCUCAACGCUAGACUGAUAAAAUGCCCGUCUGAUGACAGAGAAAUGAGAGGCAAUUUAGUCACAGAAGACAUGCGGGAGAAGAUGAAUGGAGAGUUUGGUUUAGUGAGCAUCACAGCGGUGCAGCCGUGUGUGGAGAAGGUCAUCACUCAGUGUGAGCGCAGUACGGUCACCGGCAUCAACGGCAUUCAUAUGAGGACGAGAUGUUUGCAGAGAAGCGAGAACGUUUCCUCCACAACCACCCAGACAAUAAGGACUUCAGUUUCUAGAUCAGUGACCAGAGCCGCCGCUUCUAAAGGUGCUAAACAUGGUACAAGCAGGUUAACCUCACCAGCCAGCAACUUUUCUACUCACAACUCCGACCUUGCUGCCAGAGACUCCACGGAGAACUCCAACAAGGACAGUCGCUGUUCUUCCAAGGGCUCCACAAGACGUCCUAGCCGUACCAAGUCUUCUACCUCAGCCACUCGGACCAGCCCUCGAAUCCUUAGGCGCUAACUCCUCCUGAGAAACUGCCCGGUCUCAGAACUGGAUCUCGAUGAUUUAGAAAUCUGCACCGGAUAGUGUUAUGUUAAUAAUGAGUUGGUUCCAAAGAAUUGGAUACUGACGGUACACUUUGGUUUGUGAUGUAAGAUAUUUUUGAUCCUCUAUGAAGACGAGAUGCUGGAGGAACCUGGUUGUAGUGAAAAGCUGGUACUGUUUGACUUAGUUAGACAGGUCUAGUCUGGUGGAGAGCUUGGAAUCAAACUGACAUGAAGACCCCAUUUUGCAAGAAAAAAUGUACUAUAAGUAUUUGCUUACCCUGCACUGCAAUUGUGAAGGCGCUGUUUACAUGCUACUGAAUUUCCUCUGUUGUUGCUGAGCGUGUGGGCAGCACCGAUUUUAUUCAGGCCAGACUGCUGGUCCGUUCUUGAUUUAGGUUUAGCAUUCUAAAAUACGGAGCCAAACACAGAAGCAAGCUUGCCCACUCGUUACUAGUGAGGCUGUAAAUGUCUCCCACUUAAGAGAGAACAUUCCAUGAGUUCCCUGUUGCAGCUGCUGAUUCUUAUUUUCCACCAACCGAACCCAUCCAGAAGCUUCUAGAGCAUCUGAACUAAGUCUAAAUAGUUAUUAGAGAACUGAAACAAUCACAUGGCUCCCGCACUGAUGACGUCAUGAAAUGGUUGGUGCUGUCAUCUGCUCUUGAAUCAGACGCCUACACAGCUGCCAGCAGCUACUACUCUCAUGUGCCCAGCUGUUGAAGAGGGGCGGGCGAUUUGUUGGGAUCUUGUUCGAGUUGUCUUUGUCUUCAUUUGGGGGAUGCUAACCUGUGAUGGACUGGAGCAAACAAUCAGCUCUUAUUGGAGCCAGUGCCACAAUGUGAAAAGCUGUGACUGUCUUAAUGUUUUUUUUAAAUUAUUAUUUUCAAAUGCAAAAUUUCCAUCAUUUAAAUCUUGUGGAAUUUUUCAACAACAAUCCUCCACAAACAGCAAUGAUCAUUAUGACUACUGAUGGGCCAUUAUAAUGCAGUCAAAAACUGCACAUCCAACUGCUAUGCACUGCGGAUGACACGCCAUCUCCAAGCAGUGGUGUCUUUCACCCAACACCUCUACUAAACUAACCAAUAGUGUUGCAGCCUCAGAUGUGACCACAUCAUCCCCUCUUGCCUCACUGUUACCUUGCCAUUCACCACUGGCACUGAUGGGUGGUGUAAUGUGUGUAGAUGCCAGUGUGUUGAGCAAUUUUGUUGCCUCCUCUUUGGUUACUGCUCUACCUUCAUCAAACUGUCCACAUUUUAAAUUCUUUCAUGAGUAAUACCCUUAUAUUUCCAGUUGAAGUUUCAGGAAUCGGCUGACUCUCUGGGACAAGUAGUAGACACUACAAGUGGGUUGCACCACCAGCAACCCUUGAGCCCAGGGCUCUCAAACUGAUACCUGGAAGGGCUUCCCUGGAAGCAGGUCUUAGCUGCAACCAAACAAGCCACACUGAUCUGUCGCUGACUGGCUGCAACCAACGCCUGCGACUCCAGAGCCCUUUUGUAGAUCGGUCUGAGACUCCUGCACCUUUUGAAAUGUAACGCACAACAUUCUGCAAUAUGAGUCACAGAGUCCUAAAUUUUCACAUUUUAUCUUGUUAACUUGUUUCUCCAGGUGCUACAACGGAUAAAAAUGCAGAUUUAGGUAAAAUGUUUUUUGUUUUUUUUUAAUAUUUGUGUGCGUGUCUGUGUGUGUGCGCUUUGAUAUUUAAAGACAGAAGACCUUAUGUUCCAAGAGCAGGAGGAAUGUUGGGAGACAUGUUUAACUGCUGAUAUCUGAUGAUAUCCCGUUUUCCUCCAUUGUUUUUAAAUGUAUGAUUAAUGAUUAAUGGAGGGUCAGACAGUACUGGAACAUCAGGUAUUCUUUAAAGUGGAUUUUGAGGAAUUUGUAAAACUGUAAGUAAUAAAUUUUAGCCGAAACAAAAUUGUGUCUUCAUUACUUUUUGCAG